GCAGUUCUACGUGUUGAAGGCUCACGUCUUCGUGGAGGACGGGAACAACAACUACAACCCGCUGCCAGAAACCUCCCCGGACCUUCAGGACACAUUGGAGAACCAGGACCGAGCCAGGCUGGUCUGGGAGGAGAGUUUAGCUGCCGCUGCUGCGUUCCUUAUCUGUUUAACUGAAAACUGAAAACUGUGAGACGGAAGAGGAACUGGCUACAUUGUGUCGCACAUUCUGUCAAAGAUACAGUGAUUAAAGGCGGGUUUGUGCCUCACGGUUAUACGCAGACAUCAUGGAGGACGAGCUGAUGUUCAGCAUGGAGGAGGUGGGGAGCACCAAGAGACCCCCUGUCCAUGGAAGUGCCCCCAACCAGCGGGCCUCUUCCCUCAGCGAAUCCAACGCCAGUGACGACGACGACGACGACAAUCACUUCAUCUGCCCCAUCCUGGCCGACUCCGCCAAAGAAAUCUGUCACUACCUGAAGAAGGCGGUCUACGCCCGGCAGCUCUCAAACUCUCUUCCUAAGAGCAACUUUAAGUUCAAGAAUGAAACGGAAGCGGUGGCAGAACCUCAACUGUAUAAGGUUUUGUCUCAGAGAGCACGGGAUCAUUGGAAACAUGCGAUCGAAAAGGCCAAAGCUAUGCCCGACCCCUGGGCCCAGUUCCACCUGGAGGAAAUCAAGACUGAAGCCUGCUUUCGUUACAGGUACAAUGCCAUCACAGGAGAGUGGGCUCAAGACCAGAUCCACAUCAAGAUGGCUGCCCAGCCGUUUGGGAAAGGGGCGAUGAGGGAGUGCUUCAGAACGAAGAAGUUGUCAAAUUUCUCACACAGCAGCAACUGGAAGUCAGCAUUUAAUUAUGUGUCCAAGAGUUACAUGGAGACGGUGGACAGAAGUGUUUACUUUGAGGACGUCACGCUGCAAAUGGAGGCCAAGCUCUGGGGAGAGGAGUACAACCGCCACCGACCUCCCAAACAGGUGGACAUCAUCCAGAUGUGUGUGAUAGAGAUGACGGACAGACCAGGCAAACCUCUCUUCCACCUGGAACAUUACAUCGAGGGCAAGUACAUCAAAUACAACUCCAACUCUGGCUUCGUGAGGGACGACAACAUCCGACUCACCCCACAGGCCUUUACUCACUUCAGUUUUGAGCGAGCGGGCCACCAGCUGAUCGUGGUGGACAUCCAAGGAGUUGGAGAUCUCUACACUGACCCUCAGAUCCACACAGAGAAGGGGACGGACUUCGGAGAUGGAAAUCUGGGUGUGCGGGGCAUGGCGCUGUUCUUCCACUCCCACCUCUGUAACAAGAUCUGCAAGAGCAUGGGCCUGACGCCUUUUGACCUUUCCCCUGCAGAGAAGUCCCAGCUGGACUGCACCAACAAACUGCUUAAAUCAGCCCAGACGGUGCUGAGGGGCUGCGAGGAGCCCUGCGGUUCUCCUCGUGUUCGCACCAUGUCAGGCAGCCGGUCGCACCCGCUGCUGUCCCGCCUGUCGGAGACGUCUUCUGUGGACGAGAGCGACGUAGAAUCGAUCCCCUGCUCCCCUCUCACGCUGCCCUGCUCCCCGCUAGCUGCACAUGGAUUCAUGGGAAGGUCCCCUCUCGGCUUUUCAUUUAUCGGAAUGAGCGAACAUGAAAGAGCCAAUAAUAACAACAUCGGUGAGAACAAGGACUCUGAUAGCGGCGGGGACAGCGGCUACCCCAGCGAGAGGAGGAGUGAAGGAGACCCGAAUGACCACGUAGACGGGGCCCGUCAUCGCAGCCAAAGAAAUUAUUCGGAGUCGGAUGAGGACAGUUUCAGACAGAGGAAGAUGGUAGCUUCUCCGAGAUUCACUCCAAACUUAGAUUCUUACAAUGCCGACAACGAAUGGCUGACGGAGGAGAAGUGGAGCUUCUACCAUUCGUCUCGCGCUCACGUCCACCGGUCCUCCUGCGUGGCCACCGAGGUGGAGCGACUCAACGCUCUGAUGCAGAAGAAGACUGGCCAGUCGAUCCUCGGCAAGGUCCACCUGGCGAUGGUGCGGUACCACGAAGGGGGUCGCUUCUGUGAGAAGGACGAGCAGUGGGAUCAGGACUCGGCCAUGUUGCACCUGGAGAGAGCAGCGCUGUGCGGAGAACUGGAAGCCAUCGUGGCGCUGGGACAGUGCUGUCUGCAGCUGCCUCACCACAUACUGCCGGAGAUGGAGUUGGAGGAUAACGCUGGAAACAAGAUGAAAGGAAUUAACUAUCUGCUGCUGGCAGCGGAGGCCGGCGACAGAUCUUCUAUGAUCACAGUGGCCCGAGCCUUUGAUACUGGGAUCAAUCUGUCAGCUGACAGAAAGCAGGACUGGGAGGAAGCGAUUCACUGGUAUGAAAGUGUGCUGAACAUGACAGACUACGACGAGGGCGGAGAGUUUGACGGGACGCAGGACGAGCCUCGCUACCUGCUGCUGGCCAGAGUGGCUGAGAUGUACCAAGUGGGAGGCAACAAGCUCACUGCAGACCCACAGAGAGCAGGUGAUAUGUUUACAGAAGCAGCAGAAGCUGCCAUGGAGGCCAUGAAAGGCCGACUGGCUAACCAGUACUACAUGAAAGCUGAAGAAGCCUGGGCGCUAAUGGAGGAGUAAUUUUGGAUACACAUUUUUAUCACAAAAAGGCCGCCAGAGUUAAUUUUUACAUGAAUGGUUACAGUUUACAUAUUUAUAUUGUAUAAUAUUAUCUUUCUGCCGCAGUGCAGUGUGUGUCUGUGUAUGUUUUCAACCUUCUAUCCAUCUACCCAAUCAGGCUUAAAUGUCCAGGUUUCUGUUCUUCUUCCUUAUGUUUGUUUUCAUUAAUUCCCUGUCUGAUUACAUUUUGGCUAAGCCAGGGGUCGGCAACCUGCGGCUCAACUGCUGCAGCAAACUGAGCAGGUUUUUUUUCUCAUCUUCAUAAGGGUUUGAUAUUGUUAUAACAGUUAAAAUAGCAAUAACAUGUCAAGAAGUUUCUUUAUUCUUGUUCUAUAUUUUCAUAAAUACAACAAACUAUAGUUUUUGUAUAAAUAAUAUAACUAUAUA